UAGGCAGCAUCCCUGAAGGGUGGAGCUGCUGGAGACACAGAGCAAGUUAGAGGUGAUCAGUAACUUUGCUCCAUGCAACCUCUGAUCUUCCAGCAGCAACAGCAGCAUCAGCAGCAGCUUGGUUACUUGGCAAGCACUGAUCCCACACGUUUAUCCGGCAUUUGAAUCCCAGAAUGGAAGAUAAAAGUUGGAAGGUACAUCUGCUUCCAGCAGGCCUGUUAUUAUGGAUUCUGCAUUCUGCAAUGGUACCAGAAGUUUUAUCAAUAGACACUAGCACUGAUAUGAGUUAUUUGACAGAAUCCUCUGCCCUGAUGUCAUCUACUGAACCUAGCCCAAAAUCUACUGAUCCUAGUCCUACACCAACUGGUACUUCAGAGGACCCUAGCACUACGUACAAUGAAACAGCUCCACCCACAAUGCUAAAUGAAAAUUAUACUUCAGACCCCAUAACUGGACAGCACUUUUCCUGUCAGACAUUUCACUGCAUGGAAAAUGAUUGUUACAAAAAUCAAAGUGUUUGGACUGGAACCUCUGACGUGUGUACUCAUGCUUCUUUCUGCGAGCUAUACCGUCAUAGCAGCACUCAUUACGAAGCCAAAUGUAGUCAGCAAUGCACACCAGGUGGAUGCUUACAAAACGGAGCACAAAUGGAUAACUGCACUAUGUUUUGCUGCAAUACAUCAAUGUGCCUCACUUCACAAUACAUUCAAAGUGCUGGUUCCGGUAGCAUGAGCACAACAUCAGUGGGAACAACGAGCACAACUUCAGUGGGAAAAACAACUACAGUUAUACCCCCUACAACUACAACUGUGUCCACCACAGCAACUCCAAUAACAACUGCAACAACAACUGCAAGAACAACUGCAACAACAACUGCAACAACAACGGCAACAACAACUGCAAGAACAACUGCAAUAACAACCGCAAUAACAACUGCAACCACUAUUGCAAACAGUGGACUGAAAUGCCGUUCGUUUAAAUGUACAGGAUCAAACUGCUUCGUAAAUGAAGUAAAUGCAACAAUUAAGUUCUGUCGGGUAGGAAUAUCCCACUGUGAGCUGCAAAAAAUUGUGGGUUCUGGAAAUGCAAUCUCCUAUGAGGGUGGCUGUAGCGACACCUGUGCCACAAGCAAAAGCUCCUGUGCCAGCAUUCAAAAUGGAAAUUGUUUCCAAGAGUGCUGCAAUGCCACUAAGACGGGAUGCUGCAUGAUUCUGGAUGGCCAAAUGCAUUUUAAUACAGCCAUGCACAUUAGCAGGGGAUCCAUUUGGAAGCUUUUUUCAUUAGCUCUAAUUGUGGUUUUUACUUCCCGUUUCUUUUCCUCCAUCUAAGUUUAAAUGUGAAUUAAUAAAUCUUGAUUAAGUUCA